CUCUUCUCUCCUUCAAAAAGAAAAGGGAAAGACAGAUCCCAACUCUGAAAGCAAAAGCCCACCGCCAGCAGACACGGCGAUGCUACAGGAAAUUCCACCGGCGCCGCCACCACCACCGUCCCACUCUUGAAUCCUUCCGUUCGAUUACCUACUUCUCUUUCAGGUUCAGAGAAAUGUCGGUGACAAACAAGCAGAAACACAGCCAAGCGCGUGACCUGAAGCACCGCGUGCUCACCUGCCUCCACAAACUCUCCGACCGGGACACGCAUUCCGCGGCGGCCUCCGAGCUCGAGUCCAUCGUUAAAACUCUUUCGCCGGAGACGAUUCCGCUUUUCCUCUCCUCAAUCUCUGCCACCGAUUCCUCCGACAAGUCUCCGGUCCGCAAGCAAUGCCUCCGCCUUAUCUCGCUGCUGUCCGAGGAACACGGCGACACUCUCUCCCCUCAUCUCUCGAAGCUCCUCUCCGCCGUGGUCCGCCGCCUCCGCGAUCCCAACUCCUCCGUCCGUUCCGCCUGCAUCGCCGCUUGCGCCUCCAUCUCCUCCCACCUUACCAAGCCCCCAUUCCCCUCCAUCAUCAAGCCAUUCCUAGAGGCGCUGUUCACUGAACAGGAAAUCAACUCCCAGAUCGGCGCCGCGCUUUGCUUGUCGGCAGCGAUUGAGGGAGCGCCUGAUCCGGAUGCCGCAUACUUGAGGAAGCUGAUGCCGAGAUUCGAGAAGCUCCUGAAAUGCGAUAGCUUCAAGGCAAAGGCCGCGCUGCUUACCCUGAUCGGUAGUGUAGUUGGCAUUGGAGGCGCUUCUAAUCAGCUAGUCGUAAGGAAUUUAGUUCCGUGUUUGGUGCAAUUCGUCAAUAGCGACGAUUGGGCGGCGAGGAAGGCCAGUGUCGAGGCUUUGACGAGGCUCGCGGGGAUAAUGGAGAAAGAGAUGUUAUCGGAGUUUAAACCAGCUUGCUUGAAGACUAUCGAGGCCAAAAGAUUCGACAAGGUGAAGGCAGUGAGAGAGACAAUGAAUCAGAUGUUGGAGGCGUGGAAAGAGAUUCCUGACUUGCCUGAUGAUGUUUCACCUCGUCCCCAAUCAAAUUCUUCAUCCAAAGAAAAUGCUAGUGAUGGGCAUUAUCCGCCUGGCUCCAUGAGUUCUGGUGCUCGCAAUCAAAGGGGAAGAAGAUAUACUACUCCAAGCAAGUCUAGUGUCCAUGAUAGCUCACCAGCUACUACAGCUAGGAGGAGAAGUCUUACAGAGGGUACUCAAAAGAAGGCUGCUUCUGCAAUAUUCCGCAAGCUUGAUUGCAAGAAGUCUUCUGAAUUCAAGAUCGAGGUUUCUGCACUUCAAGGCUCUGUGCCUGUAGCUUCAAAGGAUGAUCUGAAAUAUAAAGAUCAGAAAGCUACAAAACCAGAAACCAGAAGAGCCCUCUUUGGACAGAAAGCUGCUGGAUCUCGUGUAGUCCCAUAUCAUGAAGAGAAAUCAGAACAUACCGUUGUCAUGAGUAAUGAAACUGGGGAUCUCUAUAGGAACCAGAAAGAGAGUGAAGAACUCUCCCAGAUUCGGAAGCAACUUGUUCAGAUUGAAACUCAGCAGUCCAAUUUGAUAGAUACUCUCCAGAAAUUCAUUGGGAGUACACAGAGUGGGAUGCAUUCUCUGGAGACACGGGUUCAUGGUCUGGAGUUGGCUUUAGAUGAGAUCUCACAUGACUUGGCUGUGUCAACUCAAAGAAUGUCAAAUAGAAAGACCACACCCAUAUGUUGCACGCUACCUGGUGCACGAUUUUUUAGCUCGAGACUAUGGAAGAGGACAGGGCGGAGUUCAUCCUCACAGUUGCCUGUUUCAGGUGAGCCCCCCUCGCUGGUUGCAGCACGAAGCAAAGCUGGAGUGCGCGAAGAUUUCAAGUUAGAGAGUAGGAGGAGGUUCCAGCUUCAAAGUAAUCAUGGGUUCAUUCGAAACCCAUUGGCUGAAAUGUACCACGAAUCGCAGGGAGUUUCUGAGGUUUCCUCGAGUGGAGUUUCAAAGAGUGUUAACAAUGUAAUGUGAGUGUACAUAAAUAUCAUCCUACCUCGGAUUUAUGUGUUUCAGUAUAAACAACUCCAUCUUUCUUGUUUCCAAAUACUACUAAAUCAUGUAAUGUAAGCGGGUGAUUUGAAGAAAUCCUAUAUUUGCUUCUAGUUUUAUUAUGUUAAAAUGAUGGUUUGGU